UGCUUCACAGAUGCAGAUACAGGUACAGAGGUGCACGCUAGAGUCUCUCUGAAAUCAGAUAUCAUUAAAAAUGUCUAUUUCGACAUUUCAGAAGCUCACUAUAGUGUCAUGCGUGGUGUUGUGCGUCGCGCUUCUGCUGCCUCAAAUGCUUUUAUCGCGAGGAAAGAGAGACACACCGCACACCGAAGGGCCCACAGGUCAUUUUCCUCCCAUGCCACACAGACCGCCUGUAUCCGAGGAGCAGCGGCACUUCUCCAGAGCCCACAACCCUGAAGCCAUCGCCCGGGCCAAAGGAGCCGGUACUGGCACCAGCACCGGAGGGAAGUCCAACCUCGCAGGGCAGAUCAUUCCCAUCUACGGCUUCGGGAUCUUACUGUACAUCCUGUACAUUCUGUUUAAGAUCACGUCCAGAGGCAAAACAGCGGAACCUCCAAAGAGCCGAUUCACUGCUGUCAGAUCAGAAAACAUGAAGAGGAAAAUAACUGAUUUUGAGUUGGCUCAGCUGCAGGACAGACUGAAUGAGACGAAGGACGUGAUCGAGAGAAUCAUUUCUGCAGCCAGCGCUGGCUCAGACAGUUUGGGAGGAGCGGUGGCUGUGGAUGAGGAGCAGCAGUUACUGUACCAGCUGCAGGAGAUCACUCGCGUCAUGCAGGAGGGCCAGUUCGUGGACACUGUCCCAGCAAACACUGACCACUCCUGCGGCCGCGAGUGGGACGGUCUUCCUGAGAACGGUGGGAAAGAGCUGAGUGAGCGUUUCUGUUGUGUUCAUUCACCUCGCAGGAGCUCAGACGCACAGAUGAGAGAGAGCGAGGAUCAUGAGACGAGCGCGGAGAUGAGCCGUCCUGAUGAAGAGUCCGUCAGUGACCAUGAUGGCAACAGAAACACAAAGAUAGAGGACAUUUCUUCGCGUGACUCCACCAGCCAAUCACAGCCAGAGACAGCAACUCUAACAGGAAGUGACAUCACAUCCGGCCCAGUGUCAGAACACAGCAUCAUCAGGCGGAGAAACAAACAAUAAUCCACCUAAAUGAUAACAAUGCAUUGCUUUAUUGAAGAUUCGUUUGCUGCAUGGGCGUCUUUCACCUUCUAUUGAGCACUAAAGGUCUUCAACUGUCUCUCAGUGGAUGGUGUUUGUUAGACACACAGGAAAGAGCAGCUGUGUCAACAUAUCACACAUGAGCUCAGGGCCUUUACAGCUCUAAACUGAUGAGUAUUGAUGAUCAAUAUCCUCUCUAUUGUACAGGUACCUCAGCCUGUGUUCAUAAUGUAAACAAUAUGCAAACAGAGUUCUUGUGUUCAGAAAAACUGCAGGAAGUAUCUACUGACACAAAACUUCCGAUUUCAAUGAGAAAAAUAUUCAUUUGUGUUCAAAUUUCUGCGACCUCAAAUAUUAUCAUAUACUCUGUAUUUACACACUUAAAGAAAACAACCCACAAUGUACAAACAACUUAAUUUAACAGGUCUGCAAUAAAAGUUUUUUAUUUUUUUCACUUUUACAUGGUUUUCACAUGAUCACAGAAAGCUGUCUGUAAUUCCAUUUAGUUUUUGUUUUGUUUAUGUGCUUCUCAUUUCAUCACUUGUGUAGCAAACAUUGUGAUUCAUGCUUAUAUUGUUUAUGAUUUAUUCAUGUUCUCUUUUCAUACUUGCAUGAUUGCGUUAAUGUUUAUCAUUGACUGCUGCAUGUGUUAAUAAAACACCACAAACUCACAUCUGAUGUUUAUUUCUUUGGUUCUCCAUCCAGUGAAUUGCAUCUUCGUUAGUUAUUGAGAUGAAGAGUUCAUUCAGUGAGCUGAUGAUAAUAAACACUGAACUCUCAGAU